AUGGCUGAACAAGAGCAAGAGAGCGCCCGAGUUAGAGCUGAACUGGACGAGAUCAAGGGAGGCAUGUCCCAGAUGAGAGAGAUGCUGCAAGCUUUAACCUUCAGAUUUGAGAUUCCGCAAGCGACCGUGAUUUUAGAGACCACGGGCCCGACAGUGGAAGUCCAACCUCAGAGGACGUUACCCUCAACCCUUCCUCUGUAUGGGCUACCUUACGACUUCGUCCCUCGAGCGGAAGUAAUGCACGACAUGGGGCAAUCUGUCCAACAAGCCAUACCAUUACCGGUUUAUACCGACGCGCGCCCAAUCAUCCAUAUUGUUGCUUCACCAGCUGCCUAUGCUAGGCAUAUUCCGUACUUUGAAGAUCAACAUCACAUGUAUCAUACUGUCGAAUCAACCAUUGUUGGUGACAAAGUAAGAUUUGAGGAUUUCAGAGAAGUAAAGGAGAACAUGCAACUCCUUGAGAAGAAGUUUCGAGAUUUAGAAGAAGACCACAUCUUUGGAUCUGCCGCCAAAGAAAUGUGCCUUGUAUCUGGGUUGGUGAUUCCGGCCAAAUUCAAAACUCCAGACUUUGACAAAUAUAAGGGGCAUACUUGUCCAAAGAGCCAUCUCAUCAUGUAUUACCGAAAAAUGGCUGCACACGUGGAAGACAACAAGCUGAUGAUCCACUGUUUUCAAGAUAGCUUGAGUGGGGCUCCUUCCAAGUGGUAUUUAAGUCUGGAUUAG